AUGCCUACGUAUCGUGCAUGUUGCUGCCGAGUGAUCUGUGAUUCGUGUGGGCACAAGAUCGGUGAUGAACCUUGUCCUAUCUGUCGGGAACCUGCUCUAAAGUACGAAGAGGAACUGGCUGUGACCCGUCGCCACGUGGAGAAUGAAGUGCCAGAGGCGAUCGAAUUCUUGGGAAUUUGUUACCGCGACGGCGACUACGGCCUCGUGAAGUCCGGAAAGAGGGCCGCGAAACUUUUCAAGCGCGCUGUGGAGCUCGGGAGCGUGGAUGCGAUGAACAACCUAGGGUCGCUUUAUGAUACAGGACCAUGUGGCGUCAAGCGCGACUCAAGGAAGGCAAACCAGCUGUUUCGUAUGGCUUCGGACCGGGGUGAUGCGACGGCUCAGUUUAAUCUUGCCCAGAAUCUUCGAAUAGGAGACGGCGUGCAAGCCCCAGACCGCACUGAAGCAAAACACUGGUAUGAGCGAUCAGCCGCCCAGGGCUACGCUAAAGCGCAGUUCAGCCUCGCUGUUAUGUUGGAUGAGGAGCAGAACGUCGAAGAAUCGUUCCGCUACUACAAGCUCGCCGCCGAACGAGGUCACAUUCUUUCGCAAUUCAACGUCGGCAUCUGCUAUGAGUACGGUGGUGAGGGCGUUGACAUCGAUCUCGCCGAAGCGAUGACGUGGUACGCACAGGCGGCGGAACAAGGCCACAAAGGCGCCCAAGAAGCGCUCGACCGCGUGCGCGCCAUAAUCCAGCCCCGGGGCUAA